AAUUGUUUUGUGAUUUGACACUUGGAAGGAGACAAGGUUGCCUCUGAACUGUUGAGUUCUGUCAACAAGGAGUCACUUUCAAGGCUUAAGGGAAAGGAGUGAGCAGAGAUGUCAAAAACAAAUAAAUCAAAAUCAGGCUCCCGUUCUUCUCGUUCAAGAUCUGGGUCUCGGUCCCGAUCCCGAUCUUUCUCAAAGUCUCGGUCCCGGUCUCGCUCUGUGUCACGGUCAAGAAAACGUAGGCUCAGUUCUAGGUCCCGUUCGAGAUCAUAUUCUCCAUCUCACAACAGGGAGAGGAACCACCAACGAGUCUACCAGAACCGGGAUUUUCGAGGGCACAACAGGGGAUAUCGGAGACCUUAUUACUUCCGUGGCAGGAAUCGAGGUUUUUACCCAUGGGGCCAGUAUAACCGAGGUGGCUAUGGGAAUUACAGGUCCAACUGGCAAAACUACCGCCAAGCUUAUAGCCCUCGGAGGGGCCGUUCCCGUUCGCGGUCGCCUAAGAGGAGGUCUCCAUCCCCGAGAUCGAGAAGUCAUUCUAGAAAUUCUGACAAGUCGUCCUCCGAUCGAUCGAGGAGGUCUUCGUCCUCUCGGUCCUCCUCCAACCACAGCAGAGCCGGGUCUUCUAAGCGCCGGUCACUGAAAGAUAAGAAGUCUUCCUCCAAGGAUGGCCGGGGGUCUCAGGCCGCAGGGGGAGACAACCAAGGGGAUGACGACACGAAGGAGCAGCCGUUCUCUGGAGGAGCGGCCCAGGACGCCAAGUCUACAGAGGGAUCAAAACCCUGGCAGGAAGUGGGCGCUUACGGCGCCAGUUCGGCCUCCAGGGCUUCUGCUGUCUCCGAGCUGAGUCCCAAAGAGCGCAGCCCGGCGCUCAAGAGUCCUCUUCAGUCCGUGGUGGUCAGGCGGCGUUCCCCCAGGCCAGCCCCACUCCAGAAGCCCAGCCCCACGUCCUCUAACCCUUCUCAGCUGGGCUCCACUCUGCAAAGCGGCAGCUCCUUCCAGGCAGGCACGCAUCCGUUUGAGCAUAACCUGGCUGGCCUGAGCCCGACGAGGAAGAGCCCUGUGAGCAAAAGCCCCACAACCAUAAGUUCCCUUUAUGGGACGUCCCAGAAGGAGGACAUCGGGGCCGCCUUCUCCAAGAGGUAUUUGGAAGAGCAAAAAAGUGAGAAUGGGAAAGAUAAAGAGCAGAAACUGACAAAUGUGGAAAAGGAAAAAAUGAAAGAGAAGGGAAGUUUCUCUGAGAUGGGAUUAGCAGAUGGGAAAACAAAAUCAGAUCCAUACGCUUCCAAAGCAGACCCAGAAAAGCUGUAUCGUGGAAGUCAGUCCCCCAAGCGCUAUAAACUCCGAGAUGACUUUGAAAAGAAGAUGGCCGAAUUCCACAAGGAGAGCCACUACGGCAAAGAGGAGUCGGAGGAGCCCGAGAAGAAAGCCAAGGGCAAAGGGAGGAAAGAGUCCAAUUUUGACGAGGAUGAGGACGAGGAGCCCAAAUUUCUCUCUAAGACAGUGUCAGCUUCCAGUAAAAACCAGGAGGAAGAUCGGACGGGCAAGUGGGAAGGCCUGGUAUUUUUGCCCAAAGAGAAGCAGAGGAAGGCAGAGGAGAUGGAAGAAGAUGCCUAUGCGGAGCAGUCUAAGAAAGAGGAAAGGCAGGCGGCCAAGAGAGCAGACGUCGGCCACCGAGGCUUUGUUCCAGAGAAGAAUUUCCGAGUGACUACUUACAAAGCAGGCCAGGAGAAAGGGGCUUCGUCUCCUCCGCCACGAAAGGCCUCCGAGGGCAGAGAGAAGCCAGGUGCCCGAGGCGAGGGUUUGGCUGCCAAGUCCUCCUUUUCUAUUACCCGUGAAACCCAAGUCAACCUCCGCAUGGAUUCCUUUGAUGAGGAUCUUGCACGCCCAAGUGGGAUUUUGGCUCAGGAGCGCAAGCUGUGUCGUGAUCUGGUGCAUAGCAACAAAAAGGAGCAGGAAUUCCGUUCUAUUUUCCACCACAUCCUAUCAGCCCAGUCUCAGCGAAGCCCCUCAGAGCUUUUUGCGCAGCACAUAGUGACCAUUGUCCAUCAUGUGAGAGAGCAUCACUUUGGGUCUCCAGGAAUGACCUUGAAUGAGCGCUUUACAAAAUACUUAAAGCGAGCGGAGCAGGAAUCGGCUAAGAACAAAAGCCCCGAAAUCCACAGGAGGAUUGACAUUUCUCCAAGCUCUUUUAGAAAACAUGGAUUUUCGCAAGAGGAGCUCAAAAGUUCCAAAGAGUCCAGCUACAAGGCUGAAAGCAAAUAUAAGGAUGACCCGGUUGACCUCCGCCUUGACAUUGAGCGGCGUAAAAAACAUAAGGAGAAGGAUAAGCGAGGCAAGUCAAGGGAAUCAGUGGAAUCCCGUCACUCCAGUCACUCGCGGGAGAGAUCAACGGAGAAAACAGAGAGGUCGCACAAAGGGUCCAAAAAGAAGAAGCACAGGCGUGUGCGAGAGCGAUCCCGUUCAAGUUCUUCGUCCUCACAGUCUUCGCACUCUUAUAAAGCUGAGGAAUACCCAGAGGAGAUGGAAGAGCGGGAGGAGUCGGCCGCCUCUGGGUUUGACAAAUCCCGCCUUGGCACCAAGGAGUUUGCUGGCCCAACUGAAAGGGGCAGAGCCCGAGGGACCUUCCAGCAGUUCCGCGCCAGGGGCCGUGGCUGGGGAAGAGGGGCCUUUUCUGGAAACAGCAACAAUAACAACAGCAGCGGUGGCGGUGUCGGCGUCGGCGUCGGAGGCGUCAGCGGUGGAGGCGUCAGCGGUGGUGGCACCACUGCUGACUUCCAGAAGCGAAGCCGGGAAGAGGAUUGGGACCCCGAAUACACACCCAAGAGCAAGAAGUACUACUUGCAUGAUGACCGCGAGGGCGAAGGUGGGGAGAAAUGGGCUGGCCGGGGCCGGGGCCGGGGCGUCUUUCCCCGGGGCCGAGGCCGUUUCCUGUACCGGAAGUCGAGCACCAGCCCCAAAUGGGCCCAUGACAAGUUCAGCGGAGAGGAGGGCGAGAUUGAGGACGACGAGAGCGGGGGCGAGAACCGGGAAGACAAGGAGGCCCUUCAGUCAGUGGCAGAAUAAUGGUCUCGGGCCCAACAGGAGGCUCUGGAGGGGAAGGCCCACGUCCGCCCGGGUGGUCCUCGAUCCGAAUUGACUAGUUGAAUGUGGCCCCCUUGGUUUUGGUUUCUCACGGACUCCUGGAAGACUGUGGAGUGAAUUCUGCCCAAUACUCUUCUUGGCAAUCAUUUCUGUCCUCAUUUAUUUUUGUUUUUUAAUUAAUGUGAUGAUGGGGAAUGAAUUCCUCACUGUUUUCUUCCCUCUCCAUUUCCUGUUUAUAGAUGUUUUUAAAAAUCUUUAUUUUAAGCUGCAGAUAUAUAAACAGUGCCCCCCUCCCCUGAAAAUGUUUAUUUUGGAAAAGGCCUUUGUGGUUCUUAUAUGUACCAGAAAAUGCAUGUGAAUAAACACCUGGGUAGGACCUGUUGGGACCAAACUCUUUGUUGUUCUUAAUGUAAAGGAACUGUCCCUCUCCUCCCCCCCCCCACACACCUGAAUUUGGAGUAAUUUCUUUUACAGGAAUCAACCUUCUUUUAUUUUUGCGUUGGAGUUCCAAAGUUAGCAUGGCACAGUUGGAAACUCAGCCUUUCUCCUCCUCCUUUCUUCCGUGCUCCCUCAGCCUGCCCAAAGAGGUUCAGCCUUUUGGUCCAUUCACUCUAAGUUACUUGCACACUCUUUACCCCCCCCCCCUCAAGCAGUGAGUCUGAACACUAUUUUCAGGGUCACAUAGUUUUCUAAAAAACUUCUGAAUAUACUAGGAUUAAAAAAAAAAAGCCUGUAGCAUGAAAAAUGAGGAAAUUUUCCUGUAUUUUUAUUAACCUUUUUAUAAAGCAAUUUUUGGCUCACUUCUGUGAUGGCCAGAACGGAGUUGCUGACCAUUGGUUUUGUGAUUCUUCAGCUUUAAACCUGUAGUCCUCAAGGGGUGCCCCUGGUGUUGUUUUCGCUCCCAAGCCAGCUAGUGGGGAAUAGAAGUGCUAUAUGGAGAGCCCAGACCCAGAGAAUUAUGACUGGACGGUGUCUCCCCUAUCUUUCCUUUCUCUCUCUUUCCCCCCCCCCCUUUUCAUGCUAUAAAUAGACUUCGUUUUGUGGGACUGGUGCAGAUCUUGUUUAACAAGUUUUUGUUUUGAUUCCUUCAAAUAAAGUUACGUUGAAACGAA